AUGAUGAACGCAGACAUAGAAGCGCUGGUUCUAUCCGGCGAGCUGUUCAACCCAACAAGCUCGAGAUCAUCGUCCCCACGUCGUUCGCCUUCUCCCGACAGCGGGUGGCAUGAUGAACUGCUGGAAUCUGACUCGGACUCAAAUUCGGGAAGAGAGAAAACUGCAGAUGUCCCUCAGGAAUCUAUCGGUAUGGGCCCUGGCCGUACUGGUGUCAAGGGCGUCAUUAAGGAUCGCGACGAGGCGAAUGACAUCCAAAGAAACCAAUCGCAAGCCUCUGCGCGGGAGAAGGCAUUGCAAUGGGAGCGUGGUGACCUGGGAGGUAGAACCUACCUCGAAGAAGAGCGUGAAAAGGCCUAUAGAAACGAACUAUAUGAUCUUGGAGAGAAGGUUGACCGGCUGGUCUUGGAGGAACAGGAAAAAGAAAGGGGGCGGAGGUCUGGGUUGGACUUGUUUGGCGGCGCGAAACGUGGUAGAUUCGGGCACCUUCGAGAGGUAGGAGUAAAGGGAUUUGUGAAUGCGGUCGAGAAAGAGGGGCGCGGCAUCUGGGUUGUCGUGCAUCUAUAUGAUCCAUCUCUAGAACGGUGUUACCUCCUUGACAGCGCCCUCUCGCACCUGGCCAGGAUGCAUCCAGAGACCAAAUUCAUCCGUGCUCGUGCUUCUAAGCUAGGAUUUACUUCAUCGUCGAAGUCAACUGUUGUCCAUCCGCGAAGGAAAUCGUCGCAACGAAUUCGCACUUCGUCUACCCUCAAUACAAUAGACUCGGAUGACGAGGACCCUUACGGCGAUGAUGAUGCCACAUCCUCUCGUCUGAAGGAUAACAACAUUCGUCACGGUUCAUAUAAUGAUGCAGGCGAUGAGGACGGUGAUAUAUACGAGGACGAGGACGAGGAAGAAGAUGUAGACCUAGACAUGCUCCCAACGAUGUUGGUUUACCGCGACGGUGAAUUAGUGCAUAACUGGGUUCGCGUGGACUGGGUGGCCAAAGAUCCGAGCGGUAGCGGCGGCGCUGCUGGUAUCACGGGUAAAUUCGUUGAAGACCUCCUUGAGAACCAUCACAUUCUGCCCCGGGACACGGCGUAUGGAGUCAAAACUGGGGACGAUUCCGGUGAACUGGUGUUUUCAAACAACCUAGGUUUACCUUCUGACGACGAUGACGACGAGUUCUUAUGGAGUGACUGA